AAGAUGAGAAGAACUUUCCUUCCUUUUUCUUCCAUCGUCUUCGCUUUCUUCCCCUUCCUUUUUGGUCCCCCGGAAAAGAGAGAGAGAAGAAUCCGUGCGAUCCCAAGGGAAUUUCUCUCUCUCUCUGUAUUUUACUCGGUGGGCGCCCGUCGGAUUUGAACACGCGGCGGCCUUCGAUUUCUGGCGUUCUGAGAAGUGAGAACCCCCUUCGUCCUCCGAGCCUCUGUGUUAGGGGACCGAAUCGCCGUUCUCUGGGGUUGUGACUAACCAAAAUCUUACGGACUUUGUUGUUUCUCGUGUAGCGCUCCCUCUUUCAGCGUUUUCUUGGGGUAUCUGAUUUCCGGAUACCUGCGGGGUAUUCGGGAUUUCAGACGACGUUUUGGUUCACGGAUUACGUGGGGUUUCGCGAUUGGUGGAUAGUCUGCUGCUAUUUUCUUUCCGGAGCUGUUCUUUUCUAUGCUCGGAAGGGAGGGAAGGAGAGUGGUGGCUUCGGUGAGGUUUCGAGCUUUAGUUUUUCCGGAGAUCUGUUUUGAGUUGUAGAUUGCGAUUGGAGGCGCUCUUUGGUUUUCCUGUUUGUAGUCCGGCGAUCAGGAAGUUUCUUGUUUGGAUCGAGUUGUUGUCAGGAAACGUGAGUUCAGUUUGUGGGGAGGCGGGAUUUCCUCGAUUUAGGUUGAAAGUUUUGAAUUUUUGUCGUCGUUUUUAGUGUUCGAUCCUUCGUUUUAGUGAGAAACGGGGAUAGAGAUCGUUCCGAUGGUUGUGUCUAGGUGGUUUGAGUGGGAACUGGGUCUUCUUCAUCGGAGGAGAAUGUAGAGGGAACCAACUGGUUAUUGAGCCGAAUCGGAACAGGAUUCGAGGUGGGAGGGAUGAAGGCGACAAUGAAGAACAAGAUGGACGACGAAAAAAUCACGAUCGCGGUGAUCGAUUAUUCGCUACGGUUGCAGGGAUUCUGCAAAGAGUGGUCUGUAGGACUAGUCCAGAUUAUGUCCAUUCUCGUCAUCUUCGUCUCGGGGAUGAUCCUCGGUCUGGCGGGGAGCGCACACAUCUCGCGCUACUUCGCCAGGCACGAUUUCUUUCAGGCUCCCCAGUUCGUGGCAACUCGGUGUAAGGAAGACGUCGUCAAGGUGGAUUGCUGGAGCGUGGAGAAUUUCGUCCGGCCGAAGAAACUGGCGCACGGAAUGACCGAUGCCGAGCUCCUAUGGAGGGCGUCAAUGGUGCCGCAGAAGGCAGAAUACCCCUUCAGAAGGAAGCCCAAGGUGGCGUUCAUGUUUUUGACGAAGGGACCGCUGCCGCUAUCCCUACUGUGGGAGAAGUUCUUCAGCCGGGCCGACAAAGAUCUGUACUCAAUCUACGUUCAUACCCCUCCCUAUUACGAGCUCAAUGUUUCUGCGACCUCUGUUUUCGUCGGUCGCCAAAUUCCGAGUCAGGAUGUUCACUGGGGAUCUGUAGACAUGGUAGAUGGUGAAAAGAGGCUUUUAGCCAAUGCACUGCUUGAUUUUUCAAACGAGAGGUUUGUUCUACUCUCAGAGAGUUGCAUCCCUGUUUACAAUUUUGACACCAUCUACAAUUACCUCAUCAACUCGAAGCAUAGCUUUGUGGAUUCUUAUGACGAUCCAUCCCGUUAUGGCCGUGGACGUUACAACCGGAGAAUGCUGCCUGAUAUCAAACUGAGUCAGUGGAGGAAAGGUUCCCAGUGGUUUGAGGCCAACCGGGAAGUGGCCAUCCACAUUAUCUCAGAUACAAAAUACUACUCCAUCUUCCGAAGGCACUGUUGGCCAUCCUGUUACCCAGAUGAGCACUACAUACCAACGUAUCUGAACAUGUUCUAUGGCUCACUGAACUCUAACCGAAGUGUCACAUGGGUGGACUGGUCCAAAGGCGGGCCGCAUCCUGUGACAUUUGAAGGAGUUAAUAUAACAGAAAGUUUCAUCAGAUCGAUACAGAACAAUGGGACGGAAUGUCUUUACAAUGAUGGGAUGACCCCUAUGUGCUACCUAUUUGCAAGGAAGUUCGCCCCCAGUGCAUUGGAGCCUUUACUGAAUCUCACUUCCACCUUGAUGAGAUUUUGAUUGGUUUCAACAUUAUUUUUUUCAUUGCCUCCUCUAAUCGUUGAUUCUCUAGAGCUAUUCAGGCUACCGUUGUAUUUCUGUCUAACAUGAUUAGUUGAGGGUGAUUAAUAGAAUUAUAGUAAAUUCUUUUUAUCUUCUCUUGCUUGAGCUGCCAUCCAUCUCUUUUUCUGUAUAUACGAGCGAGAGAGAAAGAGAAGAGAGAGAGAGAGAGAGAGAGAUGCCUGUUGUUUUUUUAUUAAAUUACUAUUGGGUAUUUAUUGGCAUGCCAUGAACAUGGAAGUUCCUUAAUGAAAUUCUCUGUCAUUUUUAUUGA